GCACGGCUGAGAAGGAGAGAAGGCCAGGAGGGGAGCCCAAGGAGACUUCCAGAGUCUUUUCUUUUGUUCAGGUGGCCUCCCACUCCCCCUGCCCCCCGGCACCGCCCCACUCCAUCUCUGCCACCACUCCCCACCCACCGAGGGAACAGAGGAUGAAGUACAUCAUUGGCAUUGGAGGUAUGACCAAUGGUGGGAAAACCACGCUGACCAACAGACUCAUCAAAACAUUACCAAACUGCUGUGUGAUCCACCAGGAUGACUUUUACAAGCCACAAGAUCAAAUAGAAGUCGGGGAAGACGGCUUUAAGCAAUGGGACGUGCUGGAAUCUUUGGACAUGGAAGCCAUGCUGAGCACAGUCCUCGCGUGGCUAAAUAACCCCAUGAAAUUUGCCCGCACACACGGGGUCAACAUUCUGCCCAACUCCCAGGAGUCUGGCUCCAGCGACACCCACAUCCUCAUUCUGGAAGGCUUCUUGCUCUACAGUUACAAGCCCUUGCUGGACUUGUACAAUCGCCGUUACUUUUUGACUGUCCCAUAUGAGGAAUGCAAGAGGAGAAGAAGUAGUCGCAGCUACAAGGUCCCUGACCCUCCAGGUCUCUUCGAUGGCCACGUGUGGCCCAUGUACCAGAAAUACAGGCAGGAGAUGGAUGCCAACAGUGUGGAUGUAGUGCAUCUGGACGGGCUGAAAUCCAGAGAUGAGCUUUACCGUCAAGUCCUGGAAGACAUCCAGAAUACUCUCUUAAAUUGUUCCUAGCUUCUGGGAAGAGUGUGAGAAAGGGAGCGGCUCCGACCUGCCCCUCACCGCCUUGGCGGGUCUUCAUCAUGCCAAGGGAACAUACAUCGGACCAAGUCCAUAGGACUGUCCAGGCCCUGGAGAGAGGGGCUCUCUCGGCCCCCGGGGAGUCAGACCUGACCCGAGACCAUCCGGGAAUCUCCCUCUGGAGCAGGAUGGACAAAGCAAGCAAUAACUUCUUUCCUUGGUUCAGUUGAAGAAAGUUGCCUGCUGGGGAUCUCAGAGAUGUUUGAAGAUAUAUUUUGUGACGGCCACAAUCCACUUAGGCAAUAAAUAUACAC